ACCGCACAGUGUCCAAGUCUAAUCAGGGCCCUCACCUUUUUCCGGUCAGUCUCGAAGGGUCCCGGAGGUGCGGCUCCGCAAAACCGGGGCCAACUGCCGCGCCAAGUGGGCCGGGUCGCCGACAAGGCCGGGUUUUCGCCUGGUAGGGCCAGGCACGACAUUGGAACGCAUGACAUCAUUGGAUGGAUACCGUCCCACGGGCCAUCUUGGCCGUUGUUCUUUCAUCCAAUUAAUAAGGUUCUUCCCUGUCUUCUUUUCAGCCGCUUCUAA